UCCGUUUAAAUAUUAAAUUUGAAAAGACGAAUACUGCGCGUAUUGACCGCGUGAGCGCCUAUCUUUGUUGACACAAUUGAAUCGUUCAAAUGCUAGCUUGUUUUCAUUAUAGAGAGAGAGUUCUGCAAUUACUGGAUUCCCCCAAAUGCAAUGCCGAUGGAUGCAAUCCUUGCCCAUUUUACUUCAAUACAUUCACCCGUCCAUCACACAAUGUCUCGUUUUGAUCUCCUUUAUACCUUCAUUUUCUACACCCUUUUGCUCUCUGGUGCGCUAUGCGCAAACCCUAAUUAUACUUCUUGCAGUUACAAUCAAACAUGUGGCGGUAUAGGAAUCCUAUAUCCUUUCGGUUUGCGGGGAAGUGGAUGUGGUCUGCCAAGCUUUCAGAUCGACUGUGUAGAUGAACGUCGUGUAAUCGAAAUUGGAAGCCACAAAUACACAGUCGUAGAUGUCUUUCUCGAUAAUCAUACCUCAACAAUUGUGGACGAGAAGUAUUUCCAAUUGUGCACAUCUUCAUAUGAUAGCUUUGAUGGGAUAAAUGACAGCAGUGCCUUUUAUAACAUCACAGAACAGAGCUUUAGUCUGAAAAUCCUCAAGUGUGGCAGUGGCACGCUAUGUUUACUCGAUGGUGUGUUGUCACCUUCGUUGUCAUGUACUUCGGAAGAAGUGACUGUUAAAGGGGCAAUAGCACAUUGGAAUAUUACAAAUAACCCAUUAUAUAAGAACUGUCGCAGUUGUGAAUCAAGCGGUGGUUGGUGUGGGUACAAUGUUUCCGAUGAAGGGAAGUUCCUUUGUUUCUGCGAGGAUGCAACCCAUCCAAAUCGAUGCCCAGUUCCACAAGGAAAGAAGAGCUCAAACUUAGGUCCUGUAAUAGGUGGUGUCAGUGGAGGAUUGGCAUUGUUGUUGAUAGGAGGAUUCCUGAUAUGUAAAAUUCGAAAACGGAGGAGGAGGAACCUUUCUCAUAGCCCAACUCUUAUUGCAAAAGAGGUUGAAUAUAGCGAAAGCAGGGAUAUAGAAGCAGGGGUACAACAGAAAAUAGGGAAUUUGCCCAUUUUCUCCUAUGAAAUCCUGAAACAGGCAACAAGCGACUUCGCCGAGGAAAAAAUGCUUGGAGACGGUGGGUUUGGAUCCGUGUAUCUGGGAAAACUUCCUGAUGGGCGAGCAGUCGCUAUAAAAAGAAUGUAUCAGGACAACUGGAGAAGGCAUGACCAGUUUAUCACUGAGGUCCAGAUUUUGUCAUCCCUGCACCAUCCAAAUCUGGUACGUCUCUAUGGUUGCACUUCUCCAGAGGGCAAAGAUCUGCUUCUUGUUUAUGAAUAUGUGAAGAACGGUACUGUGGCAGAUCAUCUCCAUGGAGAAAAGAAAGGGAUAAGCUUAAAUUGGCCAACACGUUUAAAAAUCAGCGUGGAAACAGCCCAUGCCUUGGCAUUUCUUCACAAACAAGAGCCCCCUGUACUACACAGAGAUGUAAAGACCACAAACAUUCUUGUAGAUGAGUAUUUCAAGGUAAAAGUUGCAGAUUUUGGGCUUUCCAGGUUUAUGCCUCCGGAUGUAACCCAUGUCUCAACUGCUCCACAGGGCACUCCGGGCUACCUUGAUCCAGAAUACUAUGAAUGCUUUCAGCUCACAGAAAAAUCAGAUGUCUACAGCUUUGGUGUGGUGUUAGUAGAAUUGUUCUCUUCAAAAUUGGCUGUAGAUAUAAAUAGGACUAGAAAAGAAAUUUCCCUGGCUAAUAUGGCUUUAGCAAAGAUCAGAGAAGGUGCUUUGCAGGAGCUUGUAGAUUCUAGUUUAGGCUUUAAUCUUGAUAAUGAGGUAAGAUCAUCUAUCACAGCAGUUGCAGAGUUGGCCUUCAGAUGCCUCCAGGCCUCCAAGGAUGAUAGACCAGAUAUGGAUGAAAUUGUUGCUCAGCUUGACCAAAUAGACCAAAAUUGGAUGCAUGUUAAAAGCUCUGCUUCUCACUCGUCUUUCGGUAGCGAUGGAGGAAAGAAAGCUUUCAGCGGUGUGCCCCCUCCCUCUCCCACUUCUGUUCAGGAUAAGUGGCCAAGCACCGAAACGACUCCCAACAACAGUGCGUAAUUAGUUUGCAUGUUUCAGAGAUUCUCUUCAAUUAUUUGAUAGUGAUUUCUUUUGUUUCCUCUAUGUAAUUAUAACAAUAUGGGUGUCAGCCAUGCGCAUGUCAGUACUGGAAUACUUAUAUUAUAUCCCCUGUAUACCCACUUACAGUUCGAAUAUUUUGAAACCACCGAAUUAAUAUAUUUUUUGUGUGGAUUUUUAAUUGUAACGCCAAUCUCAGAUUUGCCCACAGAUGUUGUAUAUUCAUUUAAGCAAUUCAGCUAAACCUUUUCGUUGUAAA